AAAAGUUAGUUUUCUUCUGUGAAAGGGUAGGGCUUCCUAAAGAAAUGGUCCAGGAAUCCUUCGGAACUCCUCUCUUCGUUCACGGCGAGGACGAAGACGAUAUCAAAAACCUAGUCGAAAAACUCAGAUUCAAAGAAGACCAAGUGCAGGAAUUUGAGGAAUUUUACGAAGGCGAGAACCUUACUUGCACUGAGGAAGAAAAGCAAGAGUUCUUAUUCGAAUCUAUUUUCCGUAAAGCCAAUAGAAACUACUCGUUCAUGGUCAAAGUUGUGGACACUUACAGUACAAAGUUUAAAGAGUGGUUCAGUGAUAAGGCUAAAUUUGUGGAAAGACUUUAUACCAUGUGGGAAAAAACUCCAGUCAAGUUGUACAAUUUUAUGGAGAUCUUUAUGAGAGGGGACUAUGGGAUCAUCCAGCCCCAGGAUGUGUAUGCGUACGUGAUGAAGGUCGAGGAGCUGAAGGAAGGGCAUUUUAGACUGGUUAAGGAGGUUUUGAAGUAUUGUUACUUUGUGAAAGAUGCAGAAAAUCAGAUUAAGGCGUAUGAGUGUCUUAGUUCUAUGCUUUUGAAGUGUAAAGAAACACCUAGCUUUGAUGCAGUAGCUGAAACAGUUUCAAUCAUCAGGAGACACUUACAAGUUUCCAAAGGAGCAAACCAGAAAGUUUUCAAGAUCUUUGAGAGCCAUGAGAAGAUAUACUCCCUCUUCACUAAAAUCUAAGACCAGCUUAAAACUUUCAGUCCAAUUUUUAGUAAA